UGUUGAAAAGAGUCGGCACAGAACCCAUUGUGGUGUGUUGAAGAGGAGUGAGCGGCUAUCUGAGAGAAGGAGAAAAGAAGAAAUUGUGUGAGCACAAAGAGGACUAUUAAAAGGGGGACAAAAAUGAACGUUUAUACACGACACGUCUGCUGCUGCCCCCUCUGAAGAGGGACUUUUACGUCCAAUCGGAAAAAAAAGAUCCGGAAAUUGAAGAGUUAAGAGCCCCCACAAAGCCAAGUGUUUAUUUCAGCAGCUAGCAGGCUAGCUCCUCAGCUAGCUGCUGAAUGUAACUGAGCUGAAAACUGGAAGUCCGUGUGGAGUCGUCGAGCUCUGGAGAAGCGGCUUUUCCGUGAAGAGAUAAGCGUUGGCUAAGAUUUUUUUUUUUUUUUUUUUUUUUUUUUAAGCACCGUACGCUCGACUCGAAAGUAGGCGCAACUUUAAAGAAUGAUACCAGCUGAGUGAGCUCUGACCAUUUCACUAUUACUUCACAGCCAGAAGAGUGGAGAAGUCUGUCAGAACUGCUGGCUCCCAGACUCCAGGAAGAGAAAACAUGACGCACUCACCACUGCCAGAGAGCGGCAGUGGGCAGAUGUGCCAACCGUGCCCCCGCCUGCAGCUUUAGAAAUUUCCACUGCACUAUGACAGAUAAUCAUUAAGGUUUAUUCCCUGACAUUUGACUCGAUACCCUUCCUGCUUCCCCAUCCCUUGGUACCCAACCAUCCCCACCCAUUCCCAACAUGCUGCGGUUCCUGCCUCUCAAACUGGGCCGACUGUACCGCUGUCUGAAGCUGCUGUUAGUGCUGGGUUUGUCUGUCAUCUUGUUGAUGAACACUCACAACCUGUUCGCCUCCUUUCAGAAGAAUGAGCUGACUGACAGACGAUUCAUUAACCUCAACAAGUGUCCCGCCUGCUUCGGCACCAGCUGGUGCCGCAAGUUCAUGAACGGUCAGGUUUCCUUUGAGACCUGGGGUCGCCUGAGGUUUCUAGACGUCUUCAAUGUCAAAAAUGUUUACUUCGCGCAGUACGGAGAGCCCAGGGAGGGAACGCGACGUGUGGUGCUCAAGCGGCUUGGCUCCAACCAGGAGCUGGCCGAAAUAGACCAGAAAAUCUGCAAGAGGGCAACAGGCAGACCUCGCUGUGACCUCAUCCAGGCCAUGUACAAGACUGAGUUUGCCCGGAUCAACGGGGAUGUUCGCUUGCUCACCCCAGGCGUGGUGGAGGGCUGGUCGGACCUGGUGCAUUGUCCCUCACAGAGGUUGUUGGACCGUGUGGUCCGAAGAUAUGCUGAAACUAAAGACUCGGGCAGCUUCCUGCUAAAGAACUUGAAAGACACGGAGAGAAUGCAGCUGUUGAUAACUUUGGCAUUCAACCCAGAACCACUUGUACUGCAGAGCUUUCCAUCGGAUGAAGGGUGGCCGUUCGCCAAGUACCUGGGAGCGUGUGGGCGCAUGGUAGCUGUCAACUACGUGGGCGAGGAGCUGUGGAGCUUCUACAAUGCGCCGUGGGAGAAGAGGGUUGACCUGGCGCGGCAGCUGAUGGACAUUGCCGAGCAGCUCACCAACAAUGACUUUGACUUUGCCCUGUACCUGCUGGAUGUCAGUUUUGAUAACUUUGCAGUCGGCCCUCGGGACGGAAAAGUCAUCAUAGUCGACGCCGAAAACGUCCUGGUAGCAGACAAAAGACAGAUAAAGCAAGACAAGCCGGAGAACUAUGACGUGUGGUAUGAGAGCCGCUUCGAGGAGUGCGACAGGGAGGCCUGCCUUUCUUUCUCCAAGGAGGCCCUCUGUUCCCGGGUCACUGUGGACCACAACUAUUAUGCCGUGUGCCAGAACUUACUGUCGCAGUACGCCACGUGGCGGGGAACCACCGGCGGCCUCCUUCACGACCCUCCCGCUCACAUAGCCAAAGAUGGACAACUUGAGGCUUUGUUGGACGAGUGCACCAAACCUAAAAAGCGCUACGGCCGUUUCCAGGCGGCCAAGGAACUGCGUGAAUACCUCACACGAUUAUCUGCCGCGUCCUCCUCUGCCAUGGCAAGGUAAUGCAUGGGGUCGGCAUUAGCCCGACGCUUUGAGACAUGAUUUUGUACUCUUUAUCGCUGGACUCGAGCUAUCGGUUCUUGUUCAUGAUGUCAUUUGCUCCCUUUGCGCAUUGGAGCAAGAAAAAGGUGUUCAAAUCAACUUUGUUAAAGUCCUAGCUUUUACCUUGACUUUUCUGCUUUGUUUAAGAGGAUUGUGGCACUGCAAAAAAAAACAAAAAAAAAAAACUACCUGAGCCAAGAGAGCGAGGUUACGGGGUUAACCUGUCGGCUCUCAGGGUGGGCUACCACCUCUGGAGCAGAAAUAAGGAAGGGCUCCGGUAAGCGCAUCCGUCAUUGGAGCCAGGCUAACGCAAACCAACAGUAACCAAGCAACAGCAGCAGUAACAUCACACAGCCCAGAUGAUGGUUAUUUUCCUUUUUAUGCCUCAGUUUCUUCUUUUUUUUCAUACCAUUAAAAACCUUAACAUCUGUUUUAGUCAUACUUCUCAGUUUUAUUUCAUUUCUAGAAGGGGUGAUUCUGUUUUGCAGAGCUGAAUUGUAGUAAUUUGAGCCAUGGUUAUUUUUUGCUGUGUUGUGGCUCUUUAUUUUCUGUAGCAAUGCUGCCUGGAAGGUGGAAGUAGCAUGAAUCACCUGCUGCAGGAUGGCAGGAAAGGCCAAGGGAGAAGAGGUAAAAAAAAAAAAAAAAAACAAAGAAAAAAAAAAGUGGGUUAGAAAGUUUUGGAUUUCAGAGGACAUAUAAUACAAAAAAACUUGACAGCUACUCUUUAUGUACAGGUACAUCUCAGUGAUCAUCAGAAAUAAUCAAAAAGUUGAUUUAUUUCAGUAAUACAGUUUAAAAAGAUAAAUGUGUAUAUGUAUUCAUAACACACAGGGUAACAUCUUUCAAGUGUCCAUUUCUUUUAAAUUUAAUUAUUAUGGCUUGUAGCUGAUUAAAAUUCAAAAUAUAUUUUUUCUGAUUAUUAAAUUAGACUGAAAAUAUAUAAUCAUGUAUGACUCAUAUUUGCGUCACACAUCUCAAUAAAGCUCUUUAUUGAAAAAGUGACUUAAGAUGUAGUCUGUGACUAUAAAUGAUGCUUGAAUUGUCUUUCCUUCACAGUUCCUUUGUUUCCCCUAAACCUUUUUUUCCAUCCACUAAACUUUCCAUUCCAUUUAUGUGCUUGGUAACGGCACUCUAUAAAUAGCCAGUUUUUUUAGCAAUGCCUUUUUGAGGCUUACCCAACGCUAAGUGUUUGUUUAAAAACAAAAACAAAUGCUGCUUAUUGGUCUUACAUUAGGACUGCAAGCGUUUGGAAAAGCAUGCAGCAUUAGUAGCAUUUUGGUGAAUACUGCAACAACAGUCUGACUUGCAAUAUACAAAAACAAUAUGACUUGCAUGUCUGAGACAUACUGUGAAGCCCUAUUUCAGGUAGCAUUGAAAUUUUAAAAAAUUGUAAUAGAUUCAUUUUCUUUAGCUAUAAGCCAUAAUGAUCUAAAUGAACUCAAAUAAGUGGUCGAAUUAUAAACUGUGUGUAAAGAAUCCUUAAUUGCCUGUAAUUGAAUUACUGAAAGAAACCAACUUUUCGAUGAUAUUCAAAUUUAUUGAGAUGCACCUUUUUUGUUGUUGUUUUCCAAUCAUUCAGGUUUCAGGAUUGUGGCAAUCAUUUUGUUUUUUUGUGUGGAUUAUUAUUUUCUGUUUACUAGGAAUCAGAAAUGGCGAGACAGCUGCUCAUAGGAAAAGGAAGGCGAUAGUUGAACUGUGGCAGUCCGUUAAUGCAGAUGUGCCGAUACCAAAGAGGCUACUGGUAGUAAGAGAAAACACCUUUCCUAACGCUUGGUCCACAUUGAAGAACCGAUUGAGUACUGAUAUUCUUUCUCCUAAACAAUGAUCAGCCAUAGCUGUUUUGAACGAUCCCCUUUACUUCGUCGGCCUCCAGCAGAAUUGAUAAAUGAUUUGUUGAACACUUUUCCCUCCAUCAGUGUCAUAAAACCACUUAAUUUAAAAGAGAAAAUGAAGUGAUUCUGAAAGAACCAGAACACAUGAUUAAUCCCCAUUCUAUUUUCCCUUCUUUGUCUUGAUUUGAUGAAUGAAUUCUAUUGUCAGAGUCCUCCAAGUGCUGCUCGAUGCAAUAACCUCUGUCAGGUCAGUGGCAUAAGAAAAGGGAAUGAAGAUAUCUUUAAAAUUACUUUCUUGUUCCAGAAACGGCUUCCAGACCUGCACUUUCUAAAUUUUGCAGCCCAGAAAUCUCUGCGUUAAAUAUUUAAACGCUCUUCACCACUUAGAGGUUGGGGAUGAUUUUACACUCAGUGGACCAACAAAUUAAAAGCAUAAUCACAAAUACUGGCUCAUUUUGCUCUUGGUUUAUAGGAUACAUUACUCAGCAUAACUUGGUUUAAAAAGGAGAAGAAAAAUCUGCCUCGAAGUCCCAUUCGUUUUUUGUUGGUUUUUUUUGUAAGUUUUGAUAUCAUGAGUAGGAUCCUAAAAUACCCAGUGGAGGUUUGUUUAAUGCAGACCAUAAAAAGUUGGGAUAAUAUUCAAAUGAAUGCUUCAUUUGAUGAAACUGAUAUGACUCUUGCCAGCUAGGAAAAGCAAUAAAGACAAGUUUGGCUUA